GACGUCAUUAAUGACGUAAUAGUAAACAGUUUCAAUGGUUGUCCGACAUGAAAGUAGCACUGCUCUUUACCGUGGCUGCACUUGAAGCAACCGGAAUAGUGGAUCAACAUGGCGGCUAAAGGAACAACAGUAAAAGAUGCACUGGCCAAAUGGGAGGAGAAGACCGGGGAGAAGUGCGCUGAGGCCACGGUGGUCAAGUUGUACAAUCAGAUCCCCCCCAUCGAGAAGCUGGACAACACUCUCAACAAAAUACCCAAACGCGAAGUUGCGUUGGUGUGCAGGAGCUUUGUGACCUUCUUGAAUUGUACCUCAGGUGGAAGGAAGUGGAGACUGUGUUCUGGAUGUGGAUGGACAGUGUGGUGGGUUGCCAGGUGACGGAGGCUGUGGCUGAGAGGCCCACACCCACACACACACCCAGCAGGAGAGCAGGGGUGUGCCACACUGGUCGGCUGUGUGGACAGCAGCUGGAGGGCAUACAGUCCAGACUGACUACAGUGCAGGUGCCGUUCCAAGUCUGGUGUCAAGCAGGCCUUUAAAGACUUAGGUCAGUGUGCAAGUUGGACUAAACAGUGGAAGCUGACAAACAUAGCAAGUUUAUUAGGGGAGUCGCACUGAAUCCAUUUUUGAAUUAAUUCUUAUUUGCAACAAUUCUUAAUCGAUUCAAAAAACUAUCAAAAACCUAUUUAAUAUAUAUAUAUGUGUAUAUAUCUAUAUACAUACUGUUUGUAUGUAUAUGUAUAUAUCCAUAUACAUAUGUAUGUAUGUGUAUGUAUCCAUAUAUGUAUGUAUGUAUUGUUGCGUCGACCAGCAUUC